UGAUUCAGGAACUGUAGAAAAACUUCAGACUCGCGAUUGAAUCCACACCUAGACUGCAAUACACUCGGUUCCCCGCAACGCUUUUCAAUUUUGUUAUUAAACAAUUUUUGUCGUAGAUAGGAGAUGGUGUCACCCGCGAAAGGAAAGGGGACGGUCAGGCCUAAGUAAUUUCCGGCACCGGCCAAAAGGUUACGGCUCUCCUCUUUUCACGUUGAUGCUCCGCGGGCGCCAAACUCAAAAGGGUGUCUGCCCUGCAAGGGCAAGAAACUUCCUAACAGAGAAAAGCGUAGCACGGGGCUCCUUACUCUGACAUUUUGAGGCUGCCACUCUUCAAAAAUCAGGAUUCUCUGACGUUUGGUACUUUGUUUUUGGGAUGCCAGCGGCCGUAUUCUCCCGAAGAGUGGGCAAUCUCGUUAAGGAUGCAGGAAGAAGAACGGAAACAGGAUGGUUCACGCCUCACAUGGAGGCGGCUUCCAGAGCUAUCCUCGAUCGCAUACCAUUGGUGGAUUGCGUGAUAGAGGUCAGAGAUGCAAGGAUACCUGUAUCAUCAGCUUAUCCACAGAUCGAACGUGCUUCAACUGUCUCCAAGCGUUUGAUAGUUUUAAACAAAAUGGACCUAUCAGAUCACCAGCAGACGCAGGUGCUGAAUGGGUGAAAUAUUUUGAGGAACAGCAACUUCAGUGUUGUCCUGUCAAUUCCCACAACAAGGAAUGCAUUAAGAAGUUUUUGCAACUACUGCGAGCUCAAAUGAGAGAGUUAAAAGUUGGCUUUCCGGAUUCCACUUCAACCAUCAUGCUAAUUGGUAUUCCAAAUAUUGGGAAAUCUGCCUUAAUCAACUCCUUGCAUCAAAUUGGUCGUGUCAGUGCUUUAGAGAAAGGAAAACUGAAGCAUGCAAUUGUGAGUUCAUUGCCUGGGGAGACAAAAGAUAUUAGCAGCUUUAAAAUUGCAAGUCAUCCAAAUAUCUAUAUUUUGGAUACUCCUGGCAUUUUGGCUCCUGAAAUUCCUGAUUCUGAAACCGGCUCAAAGCUCGCUAUAACAGGAGCUAUCAAGGACCAUUUAAUUGGGGAAUAUGAGCUUGCACAGUAUCUUCUGGCCAUAUUUAACACAUCUGAUGCGUACAAAGUUUGGGACACAAAAGGUACUAAGUUAUCGAAUUACCAGAAUGAGAAGAAUUCGGAAGAACAAGAGCCAGAAAGCAGAAGGAAGCAGUUCCCAAGUGAUCAUACACAGGAUUUCAUUGUGAAGGAUGUUCGCCACAUGCUUGUUCAGCAAAUUUCAUCUUUUAAUGGGGACCUUGCAAGCGAAGAUGAUAUGGUUGGUCUGAUAGAAGCUCAGCUCAGAGCUUUACAUGAAGCUUUUAGAGUGCCAGUAGAUUCUGGCAAGGAAGGAUUAAACAGGGUUGCUACAAAAUUGCUAAAUUUGUACCGAACUGGCAGGCUUGGCCAUUUGACAUUAGAAUCUCCUCCGAGGGACUGCUGUAACAGGAUGAACAGUAUAAAGCUAGACGACUAAAA